GGGGUAGAUACCCAUCGACCCGACCCAUAGCAGUGACGACGUCGCAAACAUCGCCGCCGCCCACCAAACUCACUCCCUUUCGAGUCUUCGCUGCCACCCACGUCAAUAUUGACCUAGGCACAAAUGGCACACAGCUGACCACGAUUCGCUCCUUGUUUCACACUUUCAAGCAGAGACACUAUAGUUUUCCUGCUUCAGAAGCUCUGCUCUUCCAUGACUUGAAGCCGACCUAAAUGGAGAAUUUAUCGAUAUCAGAUGCCCCUCCGCAAGGGCCCGGUCCGGUGCUCGGCGCAGGGCCGGGCCGCGUCCCUCCGCCCACCCAAGCACAGCUUCCCGCCCAGAUGUUCACUACGGCCGCACAGCUACUUGACCUUACCGACAAAAAGCUCCUCAUCGCUCUCCGAGACGGGCGCAAGCUGACCGGCGUACUGCGAAGCUGGGAUCAAUUCGCCAACCUAGUCCUGCAGUCCACCGUCGAGCGUCUUUUUGUCCCCCCGAGCCCAAACACCGGAGAACGCGGCCUCUAUGCGGAAAUCUCCCGCGGUCUCUUCCUAGUCCGCGGUGAGAACGUCCUGCUUCUAGGCGAGAUCGACCUCGACAAGGACGACGACCCACCUGCGGGCUACGACAAGGCCGAGGUCCAGGUGGUAGAGUCGCUGUUGAAGAAGCGCAAGGCCGAGGACAAGGCCAGAGAGAAGUCGCGACUGAAGAAGCUUGCCAAUCUUGGUUUUGAGGGCGAGCAUUCUGGCGAGAUCAUCUUUUGAAACGCGAUGUGACUUUUUCGCCCACAGCCGGCCUUUAUCAUCAGGCGAUAACGGCAACCCAGAUCAACGAAGACCAGGGUCUUUCAAGAAAUAUAACAGCACCAUCAAGGGUAUGCUCAUGAGUGCCAAAAAAUCGGCAUUUGUCGGCAAUGAGCUACUUUUAAAAGCUCAUAUCCGCUGCGUCGACCAUGAUCUUGUUGGAUCUGUCGCAGCUUCUAGGAGGAGAUUAAACAGACUCAGGAUUCGGUAGCAGAAUAUUGUGAAAUGCAACCGGAUCAUAUAGAAGCGGAAGAUUAGUGCGGCAUCAUUGAUAGUCGAGGAUGCAGUACCCCUGGAGCCGUGCAUACAGCUUCGUUACAGUCCAAUAUUGAAAUGAAUUUGGAAUGAAAUGCCGUAGGGGUCAGCUAGAUUGCACGGUCUCUGGUCCGAAUUCUGUCAUAUAU